AUGAGCCCAGCCGCAAAUACCUCCGUGGUCCGAGUUGCAGUCACUCAACAUGAGCCUGUGUGGCUUGAUCUUGAGGGAACUGUGAACAAAACAUGCUCUAUUAUAGAAGAGGCCUCAAAGGCUGGCGCCAAGCUCGUCGCCUUUCCUGAAACUUGGAUUCCCGGAUAUCCAGCAUGGUUUUGGGACCGGCCUGUUGACUUUGAACUUGGAAUUCGAUACAGUCCAGAAAUGAAACUUAUCUGCGAUGCCGCUGCCUCGAACAAAAUCAGUGUAUCGCUCGGGUUCUCCGAACGUGAUGGAGACUCUGUGUAUAUUUCCCAGACUUUGAUCAACAAAGACGGCGAGAUUAAGAUGAGGCGCCGCAAGAUGAAGCCAACACACAUGGAACGUACCAUCUAUGGAGAUGGAUCUGGAGACAGCCUAGCAAAUGUCAUCGAGCUACCCGGUGUGGGUAGGGUAGGAUGUCUAUCAUGCUGGGAGCACAAUCAGCCGCUACUGAAGUACUUUACUUUUUCCCAGCACGAGCAGAUACACGUCGCUGGAUGGCCACCACUAGAUCCGUUUGUUGAAGGAUCUUCUGGCUUCUGGUCCAUGUCGGCUGAAGGAGCCCUGAACCACUCGCAACAAUAUGCGAUCGAAUCCCAAUCGUUUGUCCUGCAUGCCACAGCGGUGCUCACCGACGCAGGGAUUGAUGUGAUGAGGACUAAAGGCAGCCCCAUAAUGGGAACGCCUCUUGGGGGUUGUUCCGCCAUCAUUGGUCCUGACGGACGCGUUCUUAAAAAGGCAAAUACUGGAGGAGAGGAACUCAUCAUUGCGGAUAUCGAUUUGACCGAUGCCACCAAAGCCAAGCUAUUCGCGGAUGCGAGCGGACAUUAUAGUCGACCAGAUUUACUUUGGCUUGGCGCGGAUAUCACUCGCAAAACAGUUGUCAGGGUCCAAAAGAGAUCAGAGGGGCGGACAGGGACAUCUGAAUGACUUGUAUACCUGUG